AUGCUUAACGAGUACGAAAAAGAUCCCGGAUGGCAAUAUCUCCGCCAUUCCCGAGAGAAAUUGCUUGAGGUAAUUGCUUAAACAUUGUGUUAGUGAUAUCCUAGCGUUAUAAUCGUAUAUCGUUUUUGUGAUUUUCAGUUCCAAAGCAAGCCCUAUGAUUCCAAGAAAGAUUUCUGGGUUCCUGACGCCGAGGAAGGCUACGUUGCCGCCGUCGUCAAAGAGACCAAGGGGGACAAUGUCACCGUUACUGUCAAUGGAGCUGAUGUAAGUUAUUAAAACUUUAUUGAUCAAAUGCUUUCAGAGAACAGUUAAGAAGGACCUCUUGCAAGAAAUGAAUCCAUCCAAAUUCGAGAUGAACGAAGACAUGUCCAAUUUGUCAUUUUUGAAUGAUGCUUCCGUUUUGCAUAACCUGAGGUCACGCUACGCAACAAUGUUGAUCUAUGUAAGGAAAAGUUCAAAAAAUACAACUCCUUUCAGACUUAUUCUGGAUUAUUCUGUGUCGUCAUCAAUCCCUACAAAAGACUUCCCAUCUACACGGACUCGAUGGCCAGACUGUUCAUGGGCAAAAGGAGGAAUGAGAUGCCUCCCCAUCUGUUCGCCGUUUCUGAUGAGGCCUACCGUAACAUGUUACAAAAUCACGAGAACCAGUCUAUGCUCAUUACCGGUGAAUCUGGAGCAGGAAAGACCGAGAAUACCAAGAAGGUAAUCUCUUACUUCGCUUCUGUGGGUGCCGCUCAAGCUGAAGCCUUGGGUAUUGCCCCCAAAGCUGAUGACGGAGGAAAGAAGGUCACUCUGGAGGAUCAGAUCGUCCAGACCAACCCUGUGUUGGAAGCCUUCGGUAACGCCAAGACGGUCCGAAACAACAACUCUUCCCGUUUCGGUAAAUUCAUCCGAAUUCACUUCAACAAAGUCGGAAGAGUGGCCUCUUGUGACAUCGAACAUUGUAAGCAUUCUUCUUUCUACUCCUCAAACGAAGCGUCUUUGUUCUAACCUGAGUUGUUUAGACCUUCUUGAGAAGUCUCGUGUCAUUCGUCAAGCCCCAGGAGAACGUUGUUAUCACAUCUUCUACCAAAUCUUCUCCGAUCAUAAACCUGAGCUCAAAGAUAUUUUGAAAUUUACGAAGCCUCUCCCAGAAUAUUGGUUUGUUGCCCAAGCUGAGUUAACCAUCGAUGGAAUGAACGAUACGGAAGAGUUUGCUUUGACCGACGAAGCUUUUGAUGUCCUCAACUUUAACGCGGAAGAGAAGUUGGACUGCUACAAAUUGAUGUCUGGUAUCAUGCAUAUGGGUAACAUGAAGUUCAAACAACGCCCACGUGAAGAACAAGCUGAAGUAGAUGAGACCGAAGAAGCCGGAUACGCCGCCGAGAUGUUCGGAGUUAAUCCGGAUGAAAUGUUGAAUGCUAUGAUCAAACCCAGAGUCAGAGUCGGCACAGAGUGGGUGGCCAAGGGCCAGUCUGUAGAACAAGUCAACUGGUCGAUUGGUGCUAUGGUCAAGGGUCUUUACGCCCGUGUAUUCCAUUGGCUAGUUACCAAAUGUAACAUGACUCUUGACCAGAAAGGCCUAUCCCGUGAUUACUUCAUCGGUGUAUUGGAUAUCGCCGGUUUCGAGAUCUUUGAUUUCAACAGUUUUGAACAACUGUGGAUCAACUUCGUAAACGAAAAGUUGCAACAGUUCUUCAAUCACCACAUGUUUGUCCUCGAGCAGGAAGAGUACGCCCGUGAAGGUAUCCAAUGGACCUUCAUCGAUUUCGGUCUUGACUUGCAAGCUUGUAUCGAACUGAUUGAAAAGGUAGGAUAGUCAAAGAACCAGGUUAAAUUUAAUUUUAGCCCAUGGGUAUCAUCUCCAUGUUGGAUGAAGAGUGUAUUGUCCCCAAAGCCAGCGACCAAACGUUGGCGCAAAAAUUGCUAGAGCAACAUCUUGGAAAACAUCCCAACUUCGAGAAGCCGAAGCCGCCAAAGGGAAAACAAGCUGAAGCUCAUUUUGCCAUGCGCCAUUAUGCAGGCACUGUAAGAUACAACGUGUCAAACUGGUUGGAGAAGAACAAAGAUCCUUUGAAUGAUACUAUGGUGGCCGUAUUUAAAAGCUCCAAAGAACGAAAACUCUUGAACACAAUCUGGUCUGACUAUCAAACCCAAGAAGAAGCCGUUGUUGCGCAGAAGUCCGGUGGAAAAAAGAAGGGAAAAUCUGGAUCUUUCAUGACUGUCUCCAUGAUGUACAGGGAAUCUCUGAACAAGCUGAUGACAAUGCUGCACACUACUCAUCCCCAUUUCAUCCGUUGCAUCAUCCCCAAUGAAAAGAAACAAUCAGGUGUGAUUGAUGCAUCUCUUGUCCUCAACCAAUUGACCUGUAACGGGGUGUUGGAGGGUAUCCGUAUUUGCCGUAAAGGCUUCCCCAACAGGUCUUCCCAUGUUGACUUCUGUCUUCGAUACUCGGUUCUCGCCGGAAAGGAAGCCCGAGAACAUAAAGAACCUAAAGAAUCAGCAAAUGCGAUCCUCCAGAAACUAGUUAGUUUGAAGAAGAUGGAAGCUGAUGAAUUCAGGGUUGGGCACACUAAGGUCUUCUUCAAGGCUGGUAUCUUAGCUAAGAUGGAAGAUAUCCGUGACGAACGAAUGAAUGAACUUAUCUCUGGCAUUCAAGCCUACUGUAGAGCCUAUUUUGCAUUGGUGAGUUCAAUCAAUUCAGUUAACUAUAAAUUUUUACCUUUUCAAUUUUCGGUUUCAGGUUGAAUAUGGGAAGCGCAAACAUCAAGCUGAUGCAUACUUGGUCCUUCAAAAGAACAUUAGAUCUUGGUCUGUCCUUAGAAGCUGGGAAUGGUACAAAGUCUAUGGCUUUGUCCGCCCGAUGUUAAAGGGCAACAAGAUUGCAGAGGAAAUGGAAAAGGCCCAAAAAGAAUUGGCUGCUAUGGCAGAAAAGCUGAAGGCUGAGGAAGAAGCCCGGAAAAAGGUUGAAGCUGAACAUAAGAAGUUCGCUGAAGAAAGAGCCAAGCUCUUGGAAGAGAUGGAACUAUCAAAAAGUGGUGGAGCCGCUAUCGAAGACAAGAUCAGUUCAUUGUCCGCAGCUAAGGCGGAAUUAGAACGUGCAGCUAACGACUUGAAAGAUCGUUUGGCAGAUCAAGAAGCCAGAACUGAAGAGAUCCAGCGUCAAGUUAAAAGAGUAGAGAAAGACAAGCAAAAUAUGAAUGAGCAGAUCGCCAGUUUGGAGGCUAGUCAACAGAAGAUCGAGGAAGAGAAGCAUGAACGCGAAGAGAAAAUAAAGGCCCUUCACGAAGCCAUGGCCAAGCAGGAUGAAGCAAUAGCGGCAAUUAAUAGAGAAAAGAAAAGAAAUGAAGAAGAGAACCGUGCCAUGGCUGAAACUCUUCAAGCAGAGGAAGAAAAGAACAGUCAGUCAAACCGAAGCAAGGUGAAGAUUGAAAGAAGUAUUGAAGACAUAGAAGACACCUUGGAGCGAGAACGUAGACAUCGCAUGGACUUGGACAAGGGACGCAAGAAGGCUGAGAAUGAAUUGGCCGCGACUGAAGAAACAAUCGAUGAAAUAAGCAGAAGAAAGGCCGAGAUCGAGAGUAAACUUCAAACGACCGAGGAAGAGCUCCGUGAACUCAACCAAAAAUUAGAUGACGAACAGGGACAAGUAGCCAGAUUGAACCGUCAACUAAAAGACCAAGCAGCAAAGAUCAUCGAGUUGGAAGAGGAAUUGGACUCUGAGCGUCAUCACCGCGCCAAGAGUGACAAGAGCAAAGGCGCCAUUCAGAUGAUGUUGGAAGACAUAAACGAUUCCUUAGACGAUGAAAACGGAAAAACAACAGCUCAAAUCGAACUGAACAAGAAGAAAGAGCUCGAGCUUAUUCGUUUGAGACAAGAAUUGGAACAGGCAAACCAAAAUCAUGAAGCCCAACUGGCAUUAAUGAGAAAGAAGAACGCUGACGACAUAUCCAAUCUCAGCGAACGUCUGGAGAAUAUGCAGAAUUCAAAGGCUAAGAUCGAUAAGGACAAGGAUGCGGUGCGCAGACAACUCGACGAUGUCACAUCUCAAGUUAAUGAAGAGACCAAGAACAAGUCGGAACAAGAAAGACUGGCUAAGAUGUACGAAGGACAGGUCGCUGAACUUCAAAGUCGAUGUGAUGAGCAGCAUAGGCUUAUUCAGGUAGGAUGAAAAAAAAACCCCUAGGCCUAAAUUUUAGGAUUACACCGCAACAAGAUCUCGUCUCCAAGCAGAGAAUGCCGAUAUGGAGCAACAAAUUGAGGAUUACGAUACACAACUGACCGCCUUGAGCAAACGAAAGGCCCAAUGUUUAGCCCAACUAGAAGAUGCCAAAAGAACUGUGGAUGAAGAACACCAAGAACGCCAGGCCCUAAGUGCCACCGUAAAGAACCUUGAGCACGAAAUUGAACAUAUUCACGACUGCAUCGAAGAUGAGGCUCAACAGAAAGAAGAACUCUUGAGACAGUUGAGCAAAGCCAAGGCCGAAUCACAGCAAUGGAAGGCAAAGUUUGAAGGUGAAGGAUUGAUAGCUGCUGAUGAGAUGGAAGAAGACCGUAGACGACGGGGUAACAAGAAACUCGAAGUCCAAGACACUCUGCAAGACGUCAACAACAAAAUCAUUACUAUUGAAAAGGCCAACUCACGUCUGGUAAGUUGUAAAAUGCUGGCUAAGAUAUUUCUUCACAUUUUUUUUGUUUAGAUUCAAGAAGCUGAAGAUGCCCGAUCUGACAUGGAAAGAAACCGUGGUCUGAUCGCUCAACUCGAGAAGAAACAACUUUCCUUCGACAGAAUCAUCGAGGAUUGGAGACGCCAAUGCGACGAGCUCGCCCAAGAAACUGAACGAGCUCAGCAAGAGGCCAGAAGAAGCGCAGCUGACGUGUACAGCCUUCAAACCGCUUCUACGUCCCUUACUGAACAAGUUGAUGACUUGAGACGAGAAAACAAGAACCUCAACAAUGAAAUCAAGGACCUCAACGAACAAAUUGGAGCGUCUAACAGGCAAGCGCACGAUGUUGGAAAGAAGGUCAGGCUCUAUGAGAUGGAGAAAGAGGAGAUCCAACACAACUUGGACGAAACUGAAAGUGCCUUGGAAGUGGAAGAGAGCAAGGUCCUAAGGUUACAAACUGAGGUCUCACAGAUCAGAGCUGAAAUCGACAGAAGAAUUCAAGAAAAAGAAGAGGACUUUGAGAAUACUCUGAAAAACCACCAACGUGCCAUGGAAUCUAUUCAAACUUCACUGGAAACAGAAUCAAAGGGUAAAAAUCAACUAUUGCAAGCCAAGAAGAAGUUGGAAACAGAUAUCCAUGAACGCGAACUUGCUCUGGAUGUUGCCAACAAACAAAACCUAGAAGCCCAAAAGAGUCUAAAGAAGCUGAUCUCCCAAGUUCAGGAAUUGCAAGCUCAGUUGGAAGAGGAACAACGCCAGAGAGAGGAGUUCAGGGAGAACUUCUUGAUUGCUGAGAAGAAGUUGCUUACGGUUCUUACCGAAAAGGACGAACAGGCCGUUCAUAAACAAGCUUUAGAACAGCAGAAAGCCAAGUUGGACGCGGAUGUCAACGAGCAAAGAAGCAUUCGAGCUGAAGCCCAAAAUGAAAAUCUCCAACUGGCUGCAGUUAAACGGCAGGCUGAGAAUGAGAUCCAAAUCGUUAAGGUAAGGCAAACAACUAACCUCUAAACAAAAUUCAGAGUGAAUUGGACAAGGCCAUCUCGGAUCUGAAACAUACCGAGGAAACCUUUAAAAAGGUGAACGGUGAUGUUACUCGACUGACUGAAGAGCUUCGACAAGAACAAGCCCAUUAUGAACAUUUAGACAGGCUCCGAAAAGGCCUCGAGCUCCAAAUUAAGGUCAGUCAACAAAUAAAAAUCCUUUUUCUAGAAAUCGUUUAGAAAUGUCUGUCCGCAUGACAUCUUUUAUAUAAAUUACUGUAGAUUUUUUCAACACGGAAUAAUGUUGUAAUGUAGGAUUUAGGGUUACAGUAUAAUGUGUAUAAUGUACAUAUAAUUUUAAGGAGUUACAAGCCAAACUCGAAGAAGCCGAACAAGGUGCCCUGAGGGUUAGUCAACGAACCAUUGAAAAGCUUGAACAGAAUGUCCGUCUGCGUGAAAGAGAGCUGGAUUCGGAACAGAAGAGACACAAGGAAGUCCAGAAACAAUUGGCCAAGUAUGAUCGCGAUGUCAGAGAACGAAAAUUCGAACUUGAAGAGCAGAAAAAGAGCGCUGCGAAAAUGCAAGAGCUCAUCGAAAAACUCCAGUCGAAGAUCAAGACUCAUAAAAAGCAGUUGGAAGAGGCUGUAAGGAAUCAAAUUUUUAUUGUGUUAUGAAAAACUUGCUCCCGACAUUAAUCUAAUUCGAGGAAAUAGUUUGUAAUCUUAUGUUUGUGAUUUAGUAUUUUAAUUAUCCCGACAAUCUGGUUGAUUUCAGGAAGAGGUUGCCGGCAUGAAUCUCCAGAAGUAUCGUCAGAUCCAAAUUGCUUUGGACCACGCUGAGGAAAGAGCUGAUGAGGCCGAGAACAGUCUUGUACGUAUCAAGACCAAAUUCCGAGGCCGUCCCGGUCUUACUCCCUCAGCCACCCAGCCCAUAAAUGGCGGCGAAGUUAACGGAAUUCGUCGUUCAGCUACCCAAGGCCAAUUCUAA